AUGUCGGCCAACAAGGCCAGUACGGCUUCAGCUACAAGGACAAAGGCUAUAAAUCUUGAGCGCAUUCGCAAUAACCAGCGACGGUGUCGCGCUCGACAGAAAGAAUACAUUGCGGAACUUGAAGACAAGAUUCGCCAGUACGAAACCGCGAACAGCCAAUCUUCUACUGACCCAAGAUUGCAAUUACUGAGUAGAGAAAAUGAAUCCCUCAAGCGACUGUUGCAGUCUUUAGGGCUGGGCAAUGAUUUCAUUAAGGCUUAUAGCAAGGCUGCCCAGAUUGCUUCAGAUAUUCCCUGGGCCCAGGCAGGCAACGAAACCUUGUGUGAACCCAAAGCUUACUCCUCUUCCUCUCUAGAUUUGGAGAUGUUGCAGUCUGAACUUACACUACCCGCAACGCACGAACGACAGAUAGCACACGAACAUGUUUUACCAAGCGGUGAUUCCGAGGCUUCAAUAGAUGCUCUACAACACUUUGAAAGCUCUACGCAAGUAGAUGUGGCUCAGUCAUGGGAGCCCUUCGACUUUCCGAAUACUUCAAGUUCUGUUUGGGAGUCACUGCCGACAGAUAUUGAAGUCGCGGAUUCUAUUCAGUCUACAAUGAAUACUCUAGGAGCAGAAGCAUCCAGUCUCGUCAUAUCGACAGAGGAUAUAUCAAAUACGACAACUCUCUGCUCGUCGGCCUUUUCGCUAGUUCUCAAGAACAACCUCAAAGGUUACAGCAUUGCCGACUUGGACCUCAAACUUCGAGUGGGAUAUAAAUUCUGUGCUUUAUCACCUCAGCAUUGUCGUAUCGACAACAAGAUCUUGAUCAGUGUCCUUGCCGAAAUCUCAUAG